UGCGUGCACGGCGGACGCCUUAGCACCACCGCCGCUGCAGUCGCCGUAUCGUCGCUACAUUAUAACUAACAGUCGUUUCCGUCUUCGGACGGACCGCCGCCAGCUGUAAGCGACCGCGCUGCGGGUCGGCGGCGUUGGUACGGGCAUUGCGGACACCGGCCACGGCGAUGGCCGCGGUCGGCGGUGCGCUGAACGUGCCGUACGCCGUUCUCGAGGGCCUGGUGGCCGUCGGGGCGACCGUCGGGAACGGGCUGGUAAUCGUGGCCUUCCGACGGGAACGGCGACUCCGGCGGCGCACCAACUACUACAUUGUGUCGCUGGCCGUCGCCGACUUGUUGGUCGGCCUGGUGGGCAUACCGUGCGCCGUGCUGUCCAGCGUCGGCCUGCCCCGUCAUCUGCACCUGUGCGUGUUCUCGGUGUCGCUGUUAAUCGUCCUGUGCACCGUGUCCAUACUCAGCCUGGUGGCCGUGUCCGCCGACCGGUACUGGGCCAUACUCUACCCGAUGGCCUACUCCACCAACUCCAACACCAAAAUCGCAAUCAGUAUAAUAUGUAUUUGCUGGAUAUUGGGUCUGCUGAUAGGCUUCUUGCCACUAAUGGGCUGGAGAGCUGCCAAAGGUCCAUCAUUGGACUCAUGCGAGUUUAGUCUCGUAAUGGAUUAUAGUUACUUGGUGUUUUUAUACUUGGUGACUAUUAUUUUACCUGCUCUAUUUAUGGCCACCUCAUAUGCUCAUAUUUAUACAGUCGUAAUAAAACAAAUCAAACAGAUGACGCUGCUGAACGGCGGCCAACGCGGCGGCAACAGUCCGACGAAACUGCGUGUACUGGGCGCGGCCCGGAAAAGCGAGGUGAAAGCCACGCAGAACCUGUCCAUAAUCGUCGCGUUCUUCGCCGUCUGCUGGAUGCCUUUGUACACCAUCAACUGCGUGCAGGCGUUCUGCGACGAUUGUCCGGUGCCCGAGUCCCUCUUGCACGGCUGCAUCAUCCUGUCGCACCUCAACUCAGCCGGCAACCCGCUACUGUACGCGUACCACCUGAAGGACUUCCGGAACGCGUUUCGGUCGCUACUGCUGUGCAAGAAGAGUCCGCGGCACCGGAACAUCGCGCAGUCCCGGUCCGGAUGCACCACCGUCGCAGCUGCCGUGACAGGCGGCGGCGGCGGCGGCAUCGGAACCGGUGUCAACGGCGCCGACAGUUCUAUCAGCUCGUCGCUGACGUGUUCGGGUGGUUCGUCCCGAUCGACCGUCAUCGACUGUUGGCGUCGGUCCGUCAAGUACUUCCGGUCUGCCGCCGCCGCCGACACAGCGUCGCGUGCAGGUGACGCGCGGUCGAUCGCCAAACCGGACCCCCGCGAAAUCGUUGCGAUCGUAAUCGACCCGUCCGCGCCCGUGUUGCUGUCUGUCCGUCAGCUCGUCGAGUGAACCACUCGGCGUUGGCGUUUAAUGAUGAUGGCAUGACACUGACGGUAUACGAUAUUUUAAGCACAAUAUACUUUGUAUAUCGUUAUCGGAACAUUAAUAUUGUUAACUCGGUCGACAAGAACGUAUUCGUCGCCUAUCGUGUGUAGUAUUAUGUGUAAAUAAUAAAGCAACGUAGAGAUCUCCGCGUGCUUUAUCUCGGAUGACUUGGUUACCGGUUUAUCUCUGGUACUUUAAGUCACCUUCUUAACCGUGUAUGUGUGUGUGUGUGUGUGUGUGUACGUGUGCGUAUGUAUAAUUUAUGUGUACAAUAUUACGCUACUCACGAAUUUCGACGAUUAAAACCUACAUAUCAAAUAUAUCAAGUACAGGUAUACGUCGUUAAAAAAAAAAAAAAUACGGUUUUACUUAAAAAAUGUAUAAAAAAAAUAAUAUAAAAUCAAACGUUGUAAUCAUAAACUAUUUAUCCCGACAGAAGAGUGUUGCUCUAUACACGUCUAAUUAGCUAACAUCUGCAUGGUCGUAUUGGUCAGUGCGUUUCGAAAGUUUGGUUUAAUUGUAUAGGUAUUAUUUAAUUGUAAACUAUUCAAAAAUGCAUGUGAAAAAUAUUUGUGUAAUUUAUAACGUUUCAAUUUGUCAACCACUCCCGGAAACUUCGUUUUUGAUCUGUCAUUUUUGGACUUAACUGCAAUUAUAUGAAAAACGACUUUUUAUUUGAAUAGGCAUAAUAACAAAUACGUCUCCUAAUUAUACAUAAAUAGUAAAAAUGUGUCGAGUGCUUACAUACGUAAACAAUAUUGUAUUAUUACAAAUCAGUUUAAAACAUCCUAUCGAAUAGUAUGUGCUUUCUUUAAUAUAGUCUGCUAACAAUUAUUUAUCUAUAGCCUAUAGGGUUAAAGUUAUAUUUGCUUAAAAUCACAAAUCACAAUAUGCAUUCACGAUUGGAAUAAUUGUACAGUAUACAUAGUAACUAGUAUUAUUGACUAUUGUUAAUUACCUAUGUGUUAUAAAUUAUGAUACUACCUCCAAUAAUAAUCGAAGAUGCUAUAACUUUGCUUUUUCAUUCGCAUAUUUCAUUCCUUUACUAAAUUUUAUUUAAAAACACAGCCCCAUCUCCUAAAACCAAUAAUACACAGAUUGUGUAAUUAUUUCAUAUUUGUAACACCACUAUGAACAAAACAUGUAUUAUUCCACCAACUAUUUCUAAGUCACUUUAACUAUUGAAUACAUAACAAUGUAUUCUUAUAUUUUUUAAAUAAAUACCUAAGUAAAAAAUAAAUA